GAUUUAACAUUAUAAAAAUAACAAAAACAGCCGGUACACGUGUCAAGACCGGCUAUCACCGGUUUCCGGUCACCCCUCAAAGUUAAUAAGAACAGUCGAACACGGCGGCGACUCGACGCAAAGUUAGAAAAAAAAACCAGCUGGUUGUGGGUCCCACGCGCCACCGUCAACCACCUUCAUCCACCUCUUUCUCACAUCUCCGACCACCACACCCCUCUCUCUCUCUAUCUAUAUAUCUAUAUCUAUGUAUGUAUAUAUAUGUGUGUGUAUGUAUAUGUAUACAUCUCUGUUCAUAUUAAAGAUUAAUUUUCUUUAAAAAAGUUCGGAUUUUUUUUGGAAAUGAAGCAAUAAAAACAAUAACCCCAUCUUGUUAUUUCCUAAUUUCUCUUACCCCAACAAAUCUUUAACCCUAAAAACUUCUAAAAACUUAAAAAGCCUCUUGCUUUGCAUAUUUCUUGAGAGAGAGAGAGAGAGAGAGAGGAGAGAGAGAGAGAAAGAUAUACAUCCAAAAGCAAGUUUUUUUUUUUUGGGUUUUGUCAAAGAACAAUAGCUGAAGCUCACAAAUACAUGUAUGCAGAGAUAGAGAAACAAAAGCAUUGAUGAACUAACAGAUUUGUUUAGAGAAAGAAGAUACUUUUUUUGGUGAUUUUGUGGCGGAAUUUGGAGCAAAAAGGAAAGAUUUUUCUGGGUUUUGUUUAUCCAAUUGUUGAAAAAGUUUGGUGCUUUGUGAUCAAAACUGAAGAUUACAAGAAAUCUUGAUUAGGGUUCUUUAAAAAAUCCCCAAAGAUUCAAUCUUUUGGGUUUGAUUCAAGAAGUUAUGUUGGAAGAGAGAUCUUUUUUGGUUUCAGACUUCAGUAACAAAAGGGAUAGCACUUGGGUGUUUAUGAGGAAUUGCAGGAUCGAAAAGAUCGAAUCUCAUCACGAGAAACGACCAUUAGAGAUCGAAGAUGAAGAAAUCAUUCACCCGACAAAGCGGGUGAUGACUCAGAUCGAAGAUCUAUCACUUGCCCCCGUUGAUCAAUCCGACAGCAACGAUCAACGCCAAUCGGGUGAUGAAACCGAUUCAACUUCCCUAUUUCACGCCAUCGGCCGAGACAACUCGAUCGAUUGUCUACUAAAAUGCUCAAGAUUCGAUUACGGGUCCUUAGCAUCACUCAACCGAACGUUUCGUGACCUAAUUAGGAGCGGUGAGCUUUAUAGAUUAAGAAGAAAACACGGUAUCAUCGAGCAUUGGGUUUAUUUCUCGUGCCAUUUGGUCCAAUGGGAGGCUUUUGAUCCUAUCCAACGGCGUUGGAUGAAUUUACCGACAAUGUCGUCAAACACAUGUUUCCAGUUUUCCGAUAAAGAAUCAUUAGCGGUAGGAACCGAGCUACUCGUGUUAGGGAAAGAAGUUCUUGACCAUGUAAUAUACAAGUACAGUUUGUUAACUAACUCAUGGUCAUCCGGGCGGUUAAUGAACGAGCCCCGAUGUUUAUUCGGGUCCGCAAGUCUCGGAGAGAUUGCGAUUGUAGCCGGUGGGGUUGACCCGAACGGAAGGAUCGUGAGCUCGGCCGAGCGUUACGAUAGUGAGUCGGGUGAAUGGGAAAGACUUCCGAACAUGCUUAAACCAAGAAAGAUGUGUUCGGGGGUGUUUAUGGAUAACAAGUUUUACGUAAUCGGAGGGAUCGGUGGUGCGGAUACGAAACCGUUAACGUGCGGCGAAGAAUUCGAUUUGGGUACUCGCGAAUGGAAGGAAAUCCCGAAUAUGUCACCGGUGAAAACCGGUGGUGCUGCUAAUGCUCCGCCAGCCACUGAGGCACCGCCGUUAGUGGCGGUUGUAGAUAACGAAUUGUAUGCUGCUGAUUGUGCGGAUAUGGAAGUUAGAAAGUACGACAAACAACGAAAAGAAUGGGAAACCGUUGGAAGAUUGCCCGAACGGGCCGAUUCAAUGAACGGUUGGGGUAUUGCGUUUAGGGGUUGUGGUGAUCGGGUUAUAGUUAUUGGUGGGCCGAGAACUAGCGGGGCCGGGUUUAUAGAAGUGAAUUCGUGGGUCCCACGAGACGGGCCACCGCGAUGGACCAUGCUUGGGCGGAAACAGUCGAGUAAUUUCGUGUACAAUUGCGCGGUGAUGGGCUGCUGAAGUUGGUGUUUUUUCAUGGGCAUAUGAUGAUUCUUGAUCAUUGGUAACUCACUAUUUUAAAACAUUAUCUUUUCUUUUUUUUUUUUUUUUUAUCAUUUUUCAUUGUUCAGGAAGAAAGAAAAAAAAACAGAUUUUUACUUAAGAUUAAAGGUUUCUUGAAAGUUAAUCUUGAGUAUAUUUCUUUUAAGUUGUCAUCUAUCUCAGGGUUAGAGGGUCUCAUAACUUAUCUUUCUGUAGGUAGAUAUUCAUUACAAAUGAUCUAAACACUUUGAUACAUAUGUUUUUUUUUUUUUUUUUUCAAUUUCUUAACAUUGCUCAAAGAACAAAUAAGCUUCAUGAAAAAAAUAAACUUAUAUGGCAUGCUA